CGGCUACUUCGGGUCACAUGUAGUCUACCCGUUCGGCCGAACCUCAACACGCGUUCGCCAUAAAUAAUACAAUAUCGGCAAAUAUAAAAUAUAAAUAUUCAUCGCGCGAGACACCCAAGUGCAACUCGUUUACGGAAUAAUAUAAUAAAAUCACGUACUCAUUCGAUUCGGCGGUGUGUUUUGUAUUUUUGUUUUUCGUCAUCUUGAUUGGUUUUUCCGCAACAAUGCCGUACGCACCCAGCGCACCGCCGUCCGAUGAUAUGUAUUUUCAAUAACGUUUAUUUCAUACAGCUAACCUGUGCAAUAUACGUACACAAAAAACCAUAUUAGACUUUAAACAGUGCACCUAUCGUCGAUAAUAGCUAGAAGACCACGUCGUCGUAUGUGCAUUUUAGUCGACACAAACGCAUACAAUGGAACAAUUUUGGCACGGUUUGUUGAUCAGUUGUAUCUUCACGGCGACGGUGUGCGGUUCGGAAGACACGAUACCAAGUCGGGUACUUCCAAACGCUGACGAAUAUCAAGACGAAAUCACCGCGGCCGAAGAUCACGAACACCACCGGAUCAUCAUCGUGGUGCCCAAAGAAGUGCCGCAGCACGUGAAUCACGUGCACACGUACAAGCUGGCCGGCAAGGGCAUACCGCUUAUCCACUCCGGCAAAGUGGUGCACGACCACAAGCACAGCGGCAAGGUGGCGCACGAGCACGGGCACGCGGGCAAAUCGACGCACAGCCACAAGCACAGCGGCGCGUACGGCCACCAGCACAAGCACCUCGGGUACAUGGGGCACAAGCACUUCGGCAAAGUGGGCGUCGUCGGGCACGCGCACAAGCCGGUCCAGCAGCCGCCUCGCGACCACCACAACCGCGGCCACCGUCCGUUGCUGCGCAACGCCGCGCACCAGCUGCACUUGCAGCAGCUACAGCAGGCCGGCGACUACCUGGUACAGCAGCACGGUAACGCGGGCGGCAGCAGUGGCGUGUUGCAGCAGGGCGGCGGACGUAGGCCCGCGUCCGGCGGCCGCGUACAGUUCGUGCCGUCGUCCAAGCCUCGGGGCCUGGGGUCGUUCAUGCCAGCCGAGAUCCAACAGUACGUGCAGCACGGCGCGGUCGUCCAACAGCACCAGCAGUUGCAACACCAACAGUUGCAGCAACACCAACAGUUGCAGCAACACCAGCAGUUGCAGCACCAGCAGUACCAUCAACAGCAACAGCAGCAACAGCAGCAGCAGCAGCAGCACGCGGAAUACGACGACGACGAGAGCGGUGGUGGCCGUAGCGCUCAGCCACCCGCGUACAACGUGAUACACUUGCGGGUGCCCGACCACCACGAACCGAACGUCGUCAAGCACGUGAACAUCGACUUGAUCAACAACGUGGCAAAACUGCAGACCGGCGAUAAGCAACAGCCAGUCACCGCAAAUUUCAAGCGUACGCCAAAUUCGUUUACCGAACAUUUUCCAAGCCACUCUACGCACAGCUUUCAGAUAUCGCAUAAUCCGUGACAGAAGCGACCGCAUAAAAAAAAAAAUAUAGACCUUGUACCGUACAAAAUGCAUUGAUAUCAAUAGAGCCAAAUAAGCCGAUGACAUGCCUAAUAAUAAUAAUAAUAAUAUCUACACGUCUACAUGAUAUUAUAGUAAUAUUAUAAUAUUGUACACUGCAUAAUAAAUACCUACUGUACAAUAUAUUGCUAGCUGGCUCUUUUUGUUUCAUACAGUAAAAUAUGUCUUACGACCAAUUUGUUGUUGUUUUUGUUGUGUUAUUAUUCCCGACGCCCACAGUGCUUAUGUACCUAUCUAUUAUAAAAAAAAAAACGCGUCUGCUGUAUACGCAUCCGGACGGGGCAAAUGGUCGUCUUGGACACGACGUUUGGGAAACCAGCAGUGUAAUUUUUGAGAAAGCCAACAAGUCACGUGUGAGCGAUUUUCGUAAAUACAAUUUUAAAUACCUCCGCAUUCCGACACGGGCAAUUUUUGUUCAAAUCUGCACGAAUGUAGGUACUCACACUAUCUCUCCCGUAACUGUAUAAUGCGCGCAUAAUGUGUAGGUACCUGUGUGAAAUGAUUGCUCGGGUAGUUAGAAAAAUAGCUUCAGGUAUCUAUUUAUAUAUCGAGGAAAAAUAUUCAUACGAAACAAAGCAGUGUGUUGGGAUGGGGUAUUAUACCUGCGGGCGCCUGCUGUUGAAGUAUUUACACGUCUUGGCGUACAUGAUAUAAUAUUGUAAAAUAUUAUCGCAGGGUUGUAUAAAAAAAAUGUAUUAAUUCAGUGGUUCACUAAAUUCUAAUGGGUAAUAAAAUCAUGUUUAAGGGACCACUAUUGACCUUGUUUAUGCAGCCUGGCAUAUAUAUUACUAUGGAUUAUAAUAUUAUAGCAUACGUAGCGACAUAGCGUUCCUGUCAAAUAUUCGAAAUUCGCGUUCGAAAAAGCUUUUACAGUCGUACGAUAACUAUUUAGGUAAAUACAGUUAAAUACUUUUCAUAAUAAUUCACUAAUUCCUUAGCACAAUGUUUUAGUUAGCUAAAAUCCUUCCUGGUGAUGAGGCGAUUAAUGUUUAACAGAUUAAUGGUUAUGAAAGAUUCUUGAGGGGAAUAAAAAGCCUGCUGACAUUAUAAGGUUAUAUAUUAUGAUUAAUAUUUUCUGUUGUUUAAAUAGUUUACAACAAUCGUUAGAUACAUUUUGAACUUUGUUUGUAUUCGGACUGCUAUAGUAGAUAUUUCGGUAGUUUUUUUUUAGUAAAUAGUUGAAGACAAUUCCAACAGUAAAUAUAAUGAUAGUUUAUUUCUAUUUAAAUUAAGCAAAAAUUAUUAAAGUGUACAAGUCGUGUCUAUGUGAGAGGCUGAAAGUGCUCAGGUCUCAACGGUUAUGGUACAUCCGAAUAAUAUGCUGUACUCCGGUCUCCCGUAUAAAUAAUUCCGGAACCUUUGACUUGUUACGGCUCGCGUAUUUUGCAGGUGUCGUUGGGUGUGGUCGUGGAAAGUUGUUGUUUUCGUAAAAGAUGUGAAAGACAGUUUCAUGAUUAUGAAUAUCGAUUAAUACUAGUUUUGCUGAAUUUAUAAGAAUUCUAGGUGUAUAGUUAAAUAUAUAAAUAUCUAUUUUAGUUUUAUAGGAAUCCGCAAAUUCGUUACAUAGUCGACAGCUUUUUUUAUGGUACAGUUCAUAUUAUAUUGUGUAAGGUCGAAACUACUGAUCAUACGGCAAUCAUGUGUCGUUAUUCUAUGAAUUCAUAGCCCGUGACAACAUUAAUAUUACGCAAUUUUAAGAGACUGUUCUUAGGUGACUGCACUUAAAUUACUGUAAACAUACUGUUGCUAGUUAUUUACCUAGUAGAAUGCCGAGUAAAUGUAGUUAUUUUUUAGUUGCCAUAUCAACUGUAACGGUGAGAAAAAAAAAUGUUGUAUCGAUCACAAAAAAUGUAUAUACUAUAUUAUCUAUGUUAAAAUAAUAAAUCAAAUUAUAUCAAAUAAAUAAUAUCAUAAUAAGUAUAAUUGUAAGUAAAUUAU